CCCAGCCCUGUCAGGGCGGCGCGCAUGCGUGCUGACAGCGAGGAGCAGCAAGAUGGAGACUGGGUCGGGGAGGUUAAUACAGAAAAGUGUUAAAAUUGCAGCUGGAGCUGUUGUGUGUGUUGAAAGUGAAAUCAAGGGAGAUGUAACUAUUGGUCCGAGGACAGUAGUUCAUCCUAAGGCUCGCAUUAUCGCAGAAGCAGGACCAAUCGUCAUUGGGGAGGGGAAUUUGAUUGAAGAACAAGCACUUAUUAUUAACAGCUAUCCAGAAAAUCUUGCGCCUCAGAAGGAAGAUGUUGAACCUAAACUUAUGACUAUUGGAACAAACAAUGUAUUUGAAGUUGGGUGUCAUUUUGAAGCUCUGAAGAUUGGAGAUAACAAUGUAAUUGAAUCUAAAGCAUAUAUAGGUAGAAAUGUGAUCCUGACCAGUGGCUGUAUUAUUGGAGCCUGCUGUCAUGUAAAUUCCUGUGAAGUUAUUCCAGAAAAUACAGUUAUCUAUGGGGUAGACUGUAUGCGAAGAGUACAGUCAGAACGCCCUCAGCCACAAACUCUGCAGCUUGAUUUCCUGAUGAAGAUCUUGCCUAAUUAUCAUCACCUGAAGAAAACAGUGAAGGGAUGCUCCACUCCAAUAAAAAGCUGAAGAAGACCAGAAUCUGAGUUCUGCAGAGGAGUUAAUUUAUUUUAGUACAAGCAUAAUCUCCUAAAAGCAGCAGCCUGUGCUGAAGUAGGAGAAACAAUUGCAUGUAGAACUUUAUCCUGAAGUAUGUAAUGUGUCCUUCACAAUUAAAUGAAAUAAUGAUUUAAGUCAUAACCAAUGUUAAAUAUAUUUUGGUUUCAAUUACCUUGGUCAGUUUGUUUUUUCACAAUUUAGUUAAUCUUAUUCUUUUAAAGUAAUAAUGUGGAUACUAGAGCAAUCUUAUUAUGGACAAAAAAAAGUUUAAAGUCAAAGGACAUUACAAAACUUGUUGGUCAUCAGCUUAUUUUGCAUAAAAUUAGUAGCUCUUCUCCCCCCUCCCCAUCAUUACAUAUUUAUGAAGAAACAAACUAAACAUGCCACAGUUCAGUAAAUAUAUUUAAUAUUAGCCCCUUGAUUCCAUUUUCAACAAGAGUUUUCAACCUCUGUUGAUUUUGGUGUAAAUUUGAUGAAGCAAAAAAUGUUUAUCUGUAACUUAAGGUAUCCACACUGAUUGUGAAGAAAGCAGUUAGUUAUAAUGUAAGUUUACCUACUUUACAAUAAUAAAUGAACUUUGAAAGUA